UUUUUUUCUGCCUGCCGUGGAAUUUAGUAACAUGGAUAGACCACAUCCAUCUCAUAUGCUAUUGAUAAACACAUCUCAUAUGUUACAUAGAUCUAUAUUCUGUGCGAGCCCUGUUCUGUAUUAGAAACUGUGAAGAAUGACCAAGAUUUAGUUACAAUAUCAAUGUUACAACAAUUUCCCUCAGCUCCUGUGUCCUCUGUCCUGCUGGUCUCUGAGUGUCUGUCCCAGGGAGAGAUGAAGGUGUCCUGCUCCUCUGAGGGAGGAGACAGUCCUCAGUACAGCUGGACUCUGGAUGGACGCACACUGACAGACGCUGAGCUCCUCUCUGGAAAUCAUGAGACUAACAACAUCACUCUGAAACAAGACGUCUCAGGGCGCCUGGUCUGCUCAGUCAGGAACUCCGUCAGUAGUGUCUCCGAAGUAGAAAGCAUAUCUAGCUGUGGCUUCAUCUUCAUCAACUGCACCUUAUCCAAUGGGACACACAUAUCAAAGUGGGUGUUAGCAGCCAGUAACACACUGUGUAUUGAGCCGACAACAGCCCCUACCACGAUCACAAAUCCUACUAAAAGUAAGGAGACUGGCAUCACAGUGUCAGUUAAACCCUCCACUAAAAUCGCGACCUCCAGUCAAACUGUGACUUCCUCCGGCAGAGGUGACUCAUGGUACAUUGAUCCCUCCCUGCUCAUAUGUGGUUUGCAAGCAGCUGUGGCAGUUCUUUCUAUAACUGGGAUAGCCGUCUAUUUUGCUUGGAAGAAAAAGAAGUACAAGAAAGCUGCCGUCCCACGAACGAUGGCGUAUCCAGAGAACUCUGUGUUGAUGGUUGAAAUGAGAAGUUCUGCACCUGAACUUUAACUUUCUGAAACCAACAUUUUAGUGGCGUCUCUCUUUCUGUGACGGCUCAAGUGUCUUUUAUGGGUGUGACAAUGUUGUUUGGAGUGAAAAUUCUCUCCUGUUUUUAUUCGUUACAAAACUACUUCUGCCUACUGUGUUGACGGCUCGUCAGCUCACUAUGAAUACUUUUCCUUUUUAGGUGCAUCACUACCUUUGGAGAGUGAUAAAACACCCGGAGUCCCACAGCUCCAGCUGUGAUCGCAGAACGGUUAAUGCAUUUGUCGUAAAUGUAUAGUUGAUCUAUUAUAAAAUACCCUUUUCUUUCAUGACCACUGACUUAGAUCACAGAACACAGACAAGUUUAAUGGUAAGUCUGUGUAUGUUGUCAGCUUUCCGGUUUAAAAAUCUGUUUAUCCUAAAGCAAAAUGUUUUCGAUGUAAAUAAAACUUAUGGCAUCAUAUUAGCAGUGCAACUCAUUUUGAUGCCCAUAUCAUCACUGUACAGUGAAAACAAUGUUUAUCCAAAUUUGGUGAUUUUGAAUUUUUCAAUUAAACUGAAAGAUGAAAUAUUUUAUGGGUUGGGAACAGGAUUCUUUCACUUCUUCAUGUGAAUCAACCAUUUUACAACACACUGGAUUAUCCAAAAAAUGAAUUGUCACAAAACACAAAUGGGGAAAGUUUUCUUGGAAGAGAAAAGUUGAUGUUUUGGAAAUACAUGGUUUUCACUUUUUUAAUUUGUACUUCAAGUAGUAGCUAUGUAUAUUUUAAAAAAUGGGGACUUUUAAUCCAUGUUUUUUUUUUAACAAUGUGUAUCGAAGCCCAAACUGUAUUUUUACACCAUUAUAAUUUACAGGUAUAUCCACACGUAUGAAUAAAGUGUUUAUCUCAGAGAAGAUUGAGUCCUGUAAAUGAUAGUCUUGUGUUUUUUCGCAUGUGAUUACAAUCACACGUGUACAGCACAUCUGUUUUGCUUCCCAGUUUACCAAACAGUG